AUGGAAAUACUUUAUAACGAAACAUACGGGAAUUUACAAUUUAUUCAUCAAAAUUUGGGACGUUUAGAAUACUGUAAAGAUGAAAGUGAUGCACAAGAAGUUUAUAGAGCUAUUUAUGAUACAUUAGAUAUUGUUGGUAAAUCAAUAUCAAGAUUAGAUAUUUUACUUUCUAAAGAACCACCACAAAGAAGACGAAAUGUAAAACAUAAAAUAGAUCAAUUAAAGUAUGAUGUUCAAUCUGUAAAUGCAUCAUUAAAUAAUUUACAAAUUCGGUUAACAAAUAAAUGGAGGGCUGCUUCAGAACGUGAAGAAUUAUUGAAUCAACGUUUCACAGCCAAUGAUUCAGUUUCACUUAAUAUAGAUGAUCAAGAACUUCAAAUGAAUGAUCGUUUAUUAAGUUCACAUAGAGGUAUUGAUGAUUUGAUUGAUCAAGGAUCUGCUGUACUUGAACAAUUAAAAAUGCAAGGUCUAAAUUUACGUGGUGUUAAAAGAAAAAUUUUAGAUAUUGGGAGUACUUUAGGUUUAUCAGGAACAACUUUACGUAUGAUUGAAAAAAGAUUAGAUGAAGAUUGUUAUUAA